AAGAAGAAAGAUAUAUUUCCAAAGAGAACAAAAGACACAUUCUCAUCCUUGCUCAAGCAACUUGUAGCAGAGGUCAGAGGAAAACUGAGAGCCAAUUCACGAUGGACGCCCCCGAAGGAACUCAACAGGCACAUCUAGUGCUCGCUAACAAGCUCUUUCUAUUCACCCAUCCCGAUGUUGAAGACAUCGAGAAGGUCCGUCUCAAGGAGGAGAUCUUGGAGGCCAUCAAAAUCAAUGAUAUGGCUCCGUUGUUUGAAACCCUAGUGGGGCAGUCGUUGCUUGAGAAGGAUCAGAACCUCUUGGAUUCGAUGCGGGGUAAGAUAGAGGAGGAGCUGAAGAAGCUCGAUGAAAAGAUUGCAGAUGCUGAAGAAAACUUGGGUGAAAGUGAAGUUAGAGAAGCUCAUUUGGCUAGAUCCUUGUUCUACAUUCGUAUUGGGGACAAGGAGAAGGCACUGGAACAACUGAAAGUUACUGAAACUAAGACUGUUGCCGUUGGACAAAAGAUGGACUUGGUGUUCUACACGUUGCAACUUGGAUUUUUCUACAUGGACUUUGAUCUCAUUUCUAAGAGCAUUGACAAGGCUAAGAGCUUGUUUGAAGAGGGAGGUGACUGGGAGAGGAAAAAUCGUCUGAAGGUCUAUGAAGGCUUGUUUUGCAUGUCUACUCGGAACUUCAAGAAGGCAGCUAGCUUGUUCUUGGAUUCUAUUUCAACCUUCACUACAUAUGAAAUUUUCCCCUACGACACUUUCAUAUUCUACACUGUUCUAACUAGCAUCAUAACCUUGGAUAGAGUGUCCCUGAAACAGAAGGUGGUUGAUGCACCUGAAAUCUUGGCGGUGAUAGGAAAAAUUCCAUAUCUUUCAGAGUUCUUGAACUCUCUCUAUGAGUGCCAAUACAAGUCGUUUUUCUCAGCAUUUGCUGGGCUGACUGAGCAUAUCAAACUGGACCGAUAUCUGCACCCACAUUUCCGGUACUACAUGAGGGAGGUUAGAACAGUGGUCUAUUCUCAGUUCCUGGAAUCCUACAAGAGUGUGACCAUUGAGGCCAUGGCAAAGGCUUUCGGUGUGACUGUGGAGUUCAUUGAUUUGGAAUUGUCGCGCUUUAUUGCGGCAGGGAAGCUUCAUUGCAAGAUCGAUAAGGUAGCUGGUGUCCUUGAAACCAAUCGACCUGAUGCAAAGAAUGCUCUGUACCAGGCAACUAUUAAACAAGGAGACUUCUUGCUGAACCGCAUCCAAAAGUUGUCACGUGUGAUCGAUUUGUAAGGUAUGCAGAAGUAAGCCGUGUUUAGGCUGCGGGGUUCGUAGCGAAGACUAGGAUUGUGCAAGUUGAUUCUGUCUUAACCUUCUUUUCUUUCUUUCUCUUUUUCUAAGAAUACAUUUUCUUUUAUGUCAGAUUCAAAGUUGAAGAGACAAAUUGCCGGCUAAAGCCAAUAUUGGGCUGUUUCUGGUUUUCUUACCUCCUGUGUUUAUGGUUUAUGACUGUCGUUAAUUCCGAACGUUUGAGGUGUGGCAUUGCUAAGACAUGGUGGGGAACUUGGGAUGGAGUUAGUGCAAUGCAGCUCUCUGUGUUGGUUUUUUUUUUUUUGGGUAGAAAGACGGACGCAAAGGCGUCCUAACUAUCAUUGCAAAUAAAGCGAGGUUGGGCAA